AUGCAUAUUUUGACUUCUUCGCUUCAAAUAAGCUCUCUUGAAGCUGGUAAAACAGAGCUUAAACGAGAAGAAUUUAAUUUGAAAUUGUUAUUGGAUUCUUUGGUGGGAGUUUUUUCUCAGCUUGCCCACGCAAAGAACAUUUCCAUCCAUUUAUUUUACAACAUCUCUAAGGUUCAUCAACAAUUCCUUGGAGAUUCCGUUCGUAUAAGUCAGAUCGUUAUGAAUUUAAUUUCGAAUGCAAUCAAGUACACAAACAAGGGUUAUGUGAGGAUUAAUUGUGAUCUCGCAAGUCAUGAAGACGAAAUGGAGAUGAUAUCGAUUCCUAACUCCUCACAAAAUUCUUUAACAUUUGUCAAAAUGGAGUUUAUUGAUUCUGGAUGUGGAAUUUCUAAUGAUCAAAUUGACAAAUUAUUCCAACCUUACUCCAUGCUGCAACAUCAAAAUGAAAACUUCUCACCGUCCUUUGAACACUAUUUCAAACAAACUGAAAACCUUAGCGAUGGUGCUAGCAGCUUGAUUCAUACAAACAGAAAUGGUCUCGGUUUAAGCAUUGUCAAGUUAUUGGUCAGCAAAAUGAAUGGACAAAUACGUGUUUCGAGCAAUGUUAAUGAAGGAACCAAAAUGACAGUUGUCCUACCAUUAGAAACUUGCACAACGGAACAUGAAGGAUCUACUCGACAGCCACUCAUUGAAAACGAAAAACCAUUACAGGUGAUCAUAGUUGAUGAGGAUGAGUGUUUUAGAGACGUGCUACAAGCUUAUUUGUCACUGAUGAACAGAAUUGAUCGAAUAUCUUGUUUUUCAAAUGUAUCCCUUGCUCAUCCCUUCAACAACACCAAGGCUUGCAGACAGUUUGUAUUUGUGCCUGAGCAUGAGUUUGAACAAGCAUCCAGUUUGUUUGGAAAAGAUUCCAUUGUCAUACCAACCAUCAACAAAGGCUCGAAAAGAAAUUUUCCUCAGAAUCAAUAUCUCUCAAAACCUGUUAAAUUUUCUGAGCUGGAAAAUCUUUUCAAUGAAAUCAAUGUGGAGAAACAGGGCUGCAAUGUUGAGUGUUGCAAUAGUGAGUCACCUCUUCCUCAAAUAGAAAAGGAACAAGAAUUUGAUUUUAGCACUUACUCUGUGUUAAUCGCGGACGACAAUGCAGUGAAUCGUAAAGUGCUGACAAAAAUGCUUCAAAUGAUUGGAUUCCAAGAUGUUGACGCGACGAAUGAUGGAAUGGAAUGUUUUGAAAAGUUUAAACACAAAAAAUAUCACAUGGUUCUGCUGGACUGUUACAUGCCAAUAUUAAGUGGAAAAGAAGCUUGUGAGAUGAUCCGAAAUUGGUUGAAAUAUCGUAACGAUCACAACCAUGAACAUGGCUCCAAUAGAAUACGAAUCAUUGCAGUGACUGCCAAUACAUGGGAGUCUAAAGAGGUGUUGCUCACACAAGGAUUUGAUGAUGUGGUUUAUAAACCAUUCCAUAUGGACGAAGUUAAAGAGUUGCUGAAAAAGUACCUGAGUGAGGUCGUUCGGUGA